AUGGAAUCAUUUGCCAUUAUAAGAAGUACUGACAAUGCGAACACUAAGAACUGGUGGAGAAAAGUAUAUAAAAAAAUCAUGGACAGCACUGCCAAUGUAUUGCUCUUUCAUGGAGAUUCUCAUUCCAUGAUUGUCCUCAGAUGGUUAAUAUCUCUUGUAAAAACAAGCAUAAAAGGUAAAGUGUGGAUUCUGCUACCUCCAAUGGAAUUAACCUAUUAUGCCCAUUUCAACCCUACAGAUAUACAUGUCUUGGAUGGUGCUAUAUCUGUUGCAGUGCACUCCAAAGAACUUAAAGGAUUCAAGGAAUUUGUUCAAGAAAGAAACCAUUUCACCUUUAAAGAAGAUGGUUUCAUCAGGGACUUUUGGGGACAUGCAUUUGGCUGUGCAUCGCAAAAUUUAAUUCCAGGCAAAGUGAGUGGAGAAAUCUGCACUGGGAAGGAGAAACUGCAAAGUCUUCCUUCGCAUGUCUUUCCAAUGAGCGUAACUAGCAACAGCUACAGUAUCUAUAAUGCUAUCUAUGUUCUGGCUCAUUCAUUGCAUGCCAUGUAUUCAACCAAACCCGAAAGUAGCAUGAAGGUGGAGGAAAAGGAAAAGAAGCUUCAAAAUCAGCAACCAUGGCAGAUUCACCACUUUCUGAGACAAGCCUCCUUCAACAAUAGUGCUGGGGAGAAAGUUUCCUUUGACUUACAUGGGGAAUUAAUGACAGGAUUUGAUAUUAUAAACUGGAUCACAUUCCCUAACCAAUCCUUCAUCAAAGUGAAAGUUGGAAGGAUGAAUCCUCAGGCUGCUCCAGAGCAAGCCCUCUCUAUUAAUGAAGACUCCAUUGUAUGGCACAGCUUGUUUAACCAGGCACAGCCCCUUUCUGUCUGUAAUGACAACUGCCUUCCUGGUUAUAGAAAGAAAAUGAAGGAAGGGGAGCCAUUUUGCUGCUAUGAUUGCAUUUCAUGUCCAGAAGGGAAGAUAUCCAGCCUGAAUGAAAUGUUUGACUGUUUCAAAUGCCCAGUUGAUCAGUAUCCAAAUAAAUACCGAAAUUCAUGCAUGCCCAAGGAUGUAACUUUCUUGUCUUAUGAGGAACCUUUUGGGAUUGGUUUAGCAAUUGCUGCACUUUUGUCUUCACUGAUUGCAGCUCUGGUGCUAGGAACAUUUAUGAAGCACCACAACACACCAAUAGUCAAAGCCAACAAUCGGAACCUCACCUAUACUCUUCUCAUUUCCCUCCUGCUUUGCUUCCUUUCUGCACUGCUAUUCAUUGGCCAGCCUAAUAAGGUAACAUGUCUCUUACGUCAAACUACUUUUGGCAUCGUAUUCUCAGUGGCAGUUUCUUCUGUGCUGGCAAAAACCAUCACUGUGGUUGUGGCUUUUCUGGCCACCAACCCAGGAACCACAUUGAGGAAGUGGGUGGGGAAAAGAUUGACCCAUUCCAUUGUUCUUUCUGGCUCACUUCUUCAAGCAGGCAUUUGUACUUUGUGGCUGGCAACAUCUCCGCCAUUCCCAGAUGCUGACAAGCAUUCACUGACUGAGGAAAUUUUAUUGGAAUGUAAUGAGGGGUCAUCUACCAUGUUUUACUGUGUUUUGGGCUAUAUGGGUUUUCUGGCCAUUGUCACCUUCACUGUGGCUUUCCUUGCCAGGAAGUUGCCAGACAGCUUCAAUGAAGCUAAGUUUAUCACGUUCAGUAUGUUGGUGUUCUGCAGUGUUUGGCUAUCAUUUUUCCCAACUUAUCAGAGCACCAAGGGGAAAUACAUGGUGGCUGUAGAGAUCUUUUCAAUCUUAUCCUCCAGUGCUGGGUUGCUGAGUCUCAUUUUUUUCCCCAAGUGCUACAUUAUUGUUCUGCGACCUGAACUGAACAAUAGGGAACACCUCAUCAAUAGGAACCAUUGA